UUAUCGUAAAAAAAGCGCGCAGGCACACGCAAAGUCUGAAUAAAUUUGUUUUCUUUUGUGUAAAGUAUUAUAGGUGCUAAUAAUAAUAAUAAUAAUAAUGGCACUUUGGGUAGACAAAUACCGGCCCCGUGAAUUAUCUAAAUUGGAUUAUCAUAAGGACCAGGCUGAAAAUCUACGCAAUCUAUGCAAGCAAAGUGAUUUUCCACAUCUCAUGUUCUAUGGACCCUCCGGAGCUGGCAAGAAGACCCGGAUAAUGUGUCUUCUGCGUGAAAUGUAUGGUCCCGGAGUGGAGAGGCUGCGCAAUGAAACGAUGAACUUCACAACGCCUUCAAACCGAAAGAUUGAUAUAAUGACAGUUGGAAGCAAUUACCACCUGGAGGUGAAUCCCUCAGAUGCUGGCAUGUACGAUCGGACUGUUGUCAUAGACUUGAUUAAACAGGUUGCACAAACGCAUCAAAUAGACAUCAACGGUCAGCGAGAGUUUAAAGUAAUUGUCAUCUCUGAAGGAGACGAACUUACCAAAGACGCCCAGCAUGCGCUCCGUCGCACUAUGGAAAAAUACGUCGCUACAUGCCGCAUUAUACUCUCGGUCAACUCCACAUCUCGCAUCAUUCCGGCUAUCCGUUCGCGUUGCCUGGGCAUUCGAGUGCCAGCACCUAACGAAACGGAAAUGACGGCCGUCCUACAAAACACAUGCAAACGCGAAGGUCUCGUAUUGCCGCCCGAGUUGGCCAAGCGUGUAAUCGAGAAAUCCGAUAGGAAUUUGAGAAGAGCACUUCUGAUGCUAGAGGCCUCCAAAGUACAACAAUACCCGUUUACGGCGAACCAGCAAAUAGCCGAGCUGGACUGGCAAGUGUAUCUGCGAGAGACAGCAUCCCAAAUUGUGAGCGAGCAAACACCAGCCAAGCUAGAAAAGAUACGAGAUCGUUUGUACGAGUUACUUUCGCAAGGUGUGCCACCGAAUCUCAUCUUCCGGGGCCUUGUUGAGCAGCUGGUGAACAAUUGUGAUAUGUCCAUUAAGGCAAAGACAUUGGAGUAUGCCACCCAAUACGAACAUCGCAUGCAGAAUGGUGCAAAACAUAUUUUCCAUCUGGAGGCAUUUGUGGCUCAAUUUAUGAACAUCUACAAAAAGUUUCUCGCCGAACUCGUGAUGACAGAUGACUUUUAACUUAAUUAUAAUAUAUAUAUACUUUUUCUAUGAAACCCACUAAAUACAUGUGAAGUGCUUAACCUAUA